AUGGAGCCCAACAGCCCCAAAAAGAUACAGUUUGCUGUGCCCUUAUUCCAGAGUCAGAUUGCCCCUGAGGCCGCAGAGCAGCUGGGCCUUUGUUGUUUUCAGAUCAGGAAAAGAAGACCGACACCAGCCUCCCUCGUGAUUCUCAAUGAGCACAACACCCCAGAAAUUGAAGAGAAGAGAGUGAGCAACACACAGGAAGAACUGCAGAACGCAUCCCCUAAGCAAAGGAAGCAGAGUGUGUUCACGCCGCCUGCCCUGAAAGGGGUUAAGCAUCUGAAAGGCCAGAAUGGAUCAGCAUUCCCUGAAGAAGAAGAAAGUGCAAGUGAAAGAGAUGAGAAGUGGGACCAUGAAUAGCCCAUCUGCAGCAAGAAGACUUCUUGGGAAUAACUGGAUUGUAUACUCUUCUGAUACCCAAAGCUCCGGCUCCAGCAUCCUCUUCCGUCCCAUCCUCACACCCACAGCAGCGCGGUCCUCACCGAAGCCUCCCUGACUGAACUGUGAAACCCAGUGCAGAUUGUUGUGUACCCGCAGUAAAGAAUGGGCACUUAUUUUAAAGCAGCUUUUCUUUUAAACUAAUCAUACCU